GCCCGGGGGCCGGGAAGCUGCGGGCGGCGGCGCUGGGCCCGGCGCGGCAAGAGAGGCCCUGAGAUGCCGAGCAAGAAGAAAAAGUAUAACGCGCGGUUCCCGCCGGCGCGGAUCAAGAAGAUCAUGCAAACUGACGAAGAAAUUGGGAAGGUGGCGGCGGCAGUGCCUGUCAUCAUCUCCCGGGCGCUUGAGCUGUUCCUGGAGUCGCUGUUGAAAAAGGCUUGCCAGGUGACCCAGUCCCGAAAUGCCAAGACCAUGACCACAUCCCACUUGAAGCAGUGCAUUGAGCUGGAGCAGCAGUUUGACUUCUUGAAGGACCUGGUGGCCUCUGUGCCUGACAUGCAGGGAGACGGGGAAGACAACCACAUGGACGGGGACAAGGGUACCCGCAGAUGGACUGUACCUUCCCGAAGGGGCCGGAAGCCAGGAAGCAGUGGCCGGAAGAAUGGUGGGAUGGGAAGCAAAAGCAAGGACAAGAAGCUGUCAGGGACGGACUCGGAGCAGGAGGAUGAGUCUGACGAUACAGACACUGAUGGGGAAGAGGAGACAUCACAGGCCCCACCCCAGGCCAGUCAUCCCCCUGCCCACUUUCAGAGCCCCCCGACACCCUUCAUGCCCUUCACUUCGACUCUGCCUCUGCCCCCAGCACCCCCGGGCCCCUCAGCACCUGACGCAGAGGAUGAAGAGGACUAUGACUCCUAGCGCCCUCUGCCCCCCAGGCCACGCCCCCUUUUAGUUGGUUUUAGUUGCUCUGGGGGGAGGAGAGAAGAUAGAGCUGUUCUUAAAUUUAUUAAAAAAUUAAUAAUAAAAGGGAACACCGGUGUCUGUCCCAGCCUAUGUACAGGGCUCUGUGGCCACCUUCCCACCCAUCCACCUGCUUUCCCCAUGCUGAGCUGAGGCCAGGAGCGGUGGCGGGCAGGGCAGCAGCUGAGUGAAGGGAGGGUCCAGAGGCCACGGUUCUGCCGGGGUAGGAGCAGGGCUGCUGACAGAAGGAAGGUAGGCAGAGCGGUGGUGUAGGGCCGGAGCCAGAGGUCCUGGUUAUGCUGGGGGACAACCUGUUCCGUUGUGCUGUGUGA